UGCAGUAGGGCUGGUUAGUGUUUGGUAUGAGUAUUGAAGAAUAAUCAAUUUCGCCAAAUUUCGGUUUCAAUUCAUUAGCUGAAGUUUGUGGCUGUUUAAGUUGAAAGUGCAUUUGAAGGAUUGUGCGUUUUUUCGCUCCGUCCUUGGUAUAGUACAUUCGACGGUCCUGCUUUUUUGGUACGGAAAAUUGUACCCCACAGUUGGUUUGCAGUUUGCAAUGACAUUCAGGAAGCAGAAUCGUGUUGCAUAAAUUAAAAACGAAAACGGAAAAGAAUGUAAAUGAAGCAUAAUGAUGGUGGAGUAAAACCGAAGUAGAAGAGUGUAAAAAUACCUGAACAUAACAUAACAAGAAGAGAAAAUCGUCACCAGUGUUCAUCUAAGUUGGAGAUAAAGGAUUAGACAAGUACCAUUUCGGUCCUUAAAUUUCCUUCUUGGCUCGUGAAGGGUAGUAAAAAUUUCACCCUCUGCCGUGUCAGAGUUAGUUGUAUGUGCAAUUUUUGGUGUAAAAUUUUCGGUACGACACGCGCGCGUCCCACGUUCGCUGGUGUGUGUGUUCCGUUGCGCUCCCCAGUGCGCUGGUAUUGGUGUUCAUAAAGCUUUCCUUGGACUCCCAUCACUCCCAACGAUCCGCCGCCUCCCGUCCCCCAGACCUAAACGCUAGAUGUACCAGUACCACCCCUCGGGGUGAGAUAGGCAGCGCUGCAGCAGUUCUCGUACGCGCUAGCGAAGGGAGGUGAAAAAAUGUCAGUGCUUUUCGUUUCCGCUACACUGAUGGUGUAAUUUAUAUUUAAAUUGAAUAUUUUAUUGAUAUACACAAGAAAAAAGAAGAAAAGAGCGGGAAAAAGCUCCGACCCGUCGUAAAAUGAUUUCGCCCGCACAAGCUUUGAUCGUUUGAGUGAUACUACUAUUUGACGAGUGGGCAUUAGCCAAGGGAAGAGUCUGCCGAAGAAAAAAAGUUUACCGAAGAACCAACCGUACCCGAAAGCGUGUGUGGAAUAUACACCCAUAAAACAAGAAGAUAAAUAAAUCAUAAAAAAGUCCUCGCUAAGAAGACAAAACCUCAUAACUGCGAGCAUAUCGAAUAUCCAUCAUACGAGUGCAGUAGCGAAAAAAAAAGGAAUCGGAACGAUGAUGGAUCCCCCAAGGAAGCGGCCUGCGUUGUUGGGGGGCCGUCGUUUAUUGACUGGGAUAAUGGCGUUUGUCUUUCUGAUGAUGACGGUGCUGACAAUCGGAACGGUGGCAGCCGAUCCGGAUGAGGAUAUUCCCCACAACGAGGUCCGAAAUUGGGCCAUCCGGUUCGGCGUGGAUCUAUGGGAGUUUGGACGGCAGUUUACCAAAGUGAACGAUAUCAGAAACAAAUACAAGGACUACGAUUUGGACGUUAAUCGCAAGGAUGGAAUCCUACUGCUACGUGAGCUGGCGACCGAGGUGAAGAAUUUUAUGGAUUUUAAAAUGAACGCCGUCAUGCGAAUAAUGGACUCGGCCGAACAAGCGGCACUGUCCGAGUCCGACCUGGAGUCCGGUGCGUCCAAAUCGCACGGGAAUGGGUUCUACGAUGCCAGACGAAUAAACGAGUACCAAUCGGACGGGCGAUUGGCUGAGGGUUCCCGGCAGAUGCUGCUGAGGCACAUGAGGCGCUUCGAGGGCUAUCCGGUCAAUAUUAGCCUCAGCUCGGUACUGAUGGCGAGUGGGUUAAACGUUGACGAUGCAGAAACGCAAGCAGCCAUUAAGUGGUCUUCUCAUUUGGAUCCCCUUUUCGCCAACAAUAUCGAGAGGGACUCGGCUUUGUCGUGGCAGUAUUUUGGCUCCAGCACUGGCUUCCUGAGACGGUUCCCUGGGACAGCUUGGCCUCCGGAAACUUCCUACGGCAGCAAGGAAAUCAGCGAUUUCCGAUCGGAGGAUUGGUUCAUACAGGCAGCUUCCUCACCGAAGGAUGUGAUGAUCUUGCUGGAUUCGUCGGGAUCGAUGAGUGGUAAAGAGUAUCAGCUAGCAGUGGCCACAGCUUCCGCAAUCAUGGACACGCUGGGAGACGAUGACUUUUUCAAUUUGAUUUCAUUUGCCGAUCAACCACGGGUGAUCGUACCGUGCUUCCAGGAAAAAAUGAACGAGCCAACAUUCAUCUCACCGGCGGGCAAGCCAUCGACGCUACACCUGUUCCUGACAAAUACGGGCUUGUCCGAGCCGGGCUCCAACGUGGCCCCUGCUCCAAGCCUGCGCAAGGACUACCACCGCGUUAAUUGGGCCCAGUUUGGACGCGUGGUAGACAGACACAUCAUCGACAACCCCCCGCUUGAAACUGUGGAGGACAUCGACCGAGCGUUGGAGGGAAUCCAUCAAGCCAUAACGGUGGCUGACAAGGCGUGCGUCCAACGAGUUCCUGUGAGGGACGCCAGUUCCAAAGAACCGGCGAUCUAG